CAAGGUGUUCCAGUCGAAACAGAAAAGGAUAACAGCAGAUCAAGAGAACAACGGGUUUGGAAUAUUCCAACGCAAAGUAUAGCAGUCAACAGACCAAUCACAAAUAUUCUUCUAGAUCUACAUAAACCACAAGGUGAUCUUAAUGACAAAAGAACAGUAGCAAAAGUCCAUCUGAGUCCAGAUGAAUUGCGAGGCCAUCCUCCAGACGAAAUACCAGUGCAAAAUGUACAUCUUGAUCUGCAAAAGCAACAGGACCAUCCUUUAGACGAAAAACCAAUACUGAAUGUCCCUCUUGAUUUAGAUAAAACAAAAUGUAAUUCCAAAGAUGAAAUACUAGUGCCAUGUGUCUCAUUUGAUCUACACAAACAGCAAGGUAAUCAGAAAAUGCGUGUUCAAAAUAUGCCUCUGGAUCUAAUCAAACAACAAGAUUAUCCGCAAGACAAGACACCUGGGCCAAAGGUCCUUCUUGACAUAGAUAAACAACAAGUGCAUCCUUUAGACGAAAGACCAAAUGUUCAAUUUGAUUCAAAAACACUAUCGAGGAAAUUUCGAAAAAAUCCGUUCUUUUUACAUGAACUAAAAGGAGAUUAUAACGAUAACAGGGCAAUCCCAAAUAUCUUUUUUACUAAAGAAAAUCAAAAACAGGAUUUGCAAGGCGAUGUACCACUACACAGAGAUCCCUAUACGAGCAGGACAAUGGCAUGUAAUCCAGUAAUUUCAAGUGAUCAACCAAAUUUUUCAGAUGAAGACACCCAUUGCACAGAAUUUGAAGACGACAUUAAAGAUAUACCGGUUCCAGUUAAUCAAACUUAUGUUAAGGCUGCAUUAGAAAAUGAAUCACAAAAAUAUAAGCCAAAUCCUGAAUCGUCUGUGGUUCUGGGUGAUACAAAUCAUAGCAGUUUUCCAGAAGAUUUGUCUAUGCACGUUUCCAAAGAACAAAUGAAAAUAUUGACUAAGUUAUCUGAAGUAGAGCCAGCAACACCUGGGUUGACACAUUCUGUAGAGUCUGUUACUAAUCCUCGAUUAAUUACAAAACUUAAAAGAUUCUUCGGAGUUUCUAAAGAAGUGAAAGAGAUAAAGGUAUCAAUUACGGAAGAACACAUUUUAAGGCAAUCUUUAAAAGUAGGAAAAAAAAAGUUACAUCAAAGAAAUAUAGCUCCCGUUAUAAUAUGGGACUUUGGAGGACAAGAUAUCUUUUACUCCACGCACCAAAGUUUCCUGUCUUAUCGAGCCAUCUAUUUGAUUGUACUGGAUGGUAGUAGGACCCUUGACGACCCAUGUCCAUUUGAGCAAUAUUUACCGGGGAAAAGUGGACCGAAAACAGCAAGAGAUUACCUGCGAUUCUGGACGAAUACAAUUGUGACAUACUGCAAAGGGAGCCAGCAUGGAUUUCCCAAGAUUAUGAUUGUUUUUACACAUAAAGACAAGCUGAAACCUAGUGAAGUUGAAACAGCGAGAGAACAACUAUUCGGAGAUGUAAAGAGCAUGUUUCAUGGAUCCCCACUGGAGUCACAUUUGGUAAUUGAGGACAAAAUCUUUGUAAAUGCUAGAAACAAAAAUGACCCAGAAAUGGCAAAGAUAAAACAAACUAUUAUACGAGAGUCUACGCGCCAACCAACAUGGGGACAGAACUUACCAAAAUGCUUUAUCCCUCUGGAAUUAGAAUUCGAGAAUCUUAUUCGAAAGGACAUAAAUGUAAUUACAUUUGACGAUUUGAGAAAGAUAAACACUGAGCAUCCUAUAAGACCACUGACAGAUGCCGAACUCAAGGUUUUCCUGAAAUUCCAGCAUGCUAUUGGCAAAAUUCUAUACUUUGAUGAACCUGGAUUGAAUCAACAUGUUAUACUUUUGCCAACAUAUCUCAUUGAUGCUUUCAAAUUAAUAAUCACUGAUAAAAGUUUCUGCAAAGGCGAAAAACGAAGGGAAGAUUUGUUGAAUCUGAUGAGCCAGAAGGGGGUCAUCUCCAAAUUCGCAAUAGAAGAACUUUGGAGAUAUAAGAAAUAUCGCAAGUUUGAACAACGCAAGGACUAUUUAUUAGCAGUCAUGACUCACCUUGAUAUUUUAGUCGAACCAAAGAGAUAUGACCCCAAACACAAUCGAAUUCCGGCUGACUUUUACUAUGUAGCAAGCAUGGUGCAGGCUAAAGAUGCUACUGGAUACAUACUCUCUCCAUCUUUCAGUGAAAGAAACAUUGCAAUAUCAUUCAACUCAAAUGCUGCAAUAAUACCCCCAGCAUUGUCAUUCAGGUUCAUCACUUACUGCCUAAGUAUUUUUGAUGUGAAGAAGUAUGGCGAGAGAAACGAGGACAUGCUGUUCCACAGAUCUGCUGUAUUUACGAUCGACUCAUCUUUAGAUAUCCACAUUCUCUGUGAAGAUGAACGGAUUUUCGUCCGUCUUGUCCAUGCUAAGAAGAAAGUACUGAUAAUGAAAGACCUAGCUUCAAGUAUCUGCGAAUGUUUGAAAUCAGCCCUUCAGAAUAUUGUCCAGCUUUAUAUUAAAACCAGCAGUGACACGUUUGAUGUUAACACGGGGUCUUUUGAACUGAACCUGUGCUGCAGUGAUGCAGAAAGUCCAUGUUUCCUACCCUUGGAUAAAUUUGAUAGUAUUGAUAGUAUUUGGAUAUGUCCGAAACAUAACAUGGAACAUGAAAGAUUCGUGUUAUCUCUUUGGAUAAAAGAAAAGAAAACAGGAAUCAAAUGUGAAGUGAAUUGCCCAGUCACGAAUGAGGAGUUUUUGAGUGAAGUUCCCUCAGCUCUUCAUUUGCGUCGGCUGUCCAUACUUUACAAUCUUGAUGAUAUAAGAGAAAUGGUAAUAUAUCUUGGCCUUCCAUACGUUGUCUGGAGCGACCUCUACCAAUUGGAAUCUGACCCAGAACUACUGAAAUUCGAAGCACUGUGCCGGUGUCACAAGAAGUCACCUCUGACUUUUAGAAAAAUCAAGAAAGCGAUAGAAAAAUGGCGGAUUCAAACUCCUCAUAUCCUAUGCGAGGUUAUGAAAGGAGACCAUGUAGACUUUGAAACGGAUCCAGAGAAAUGGGAUCUUGUUCCUACUGAUGAAGAUAUUGAUAAAAUGGCGCCUUUGAUUGGAAACAAAUCCUUACUAUUUCUGGUCGAACUUGGGAUGGACCUUGACAUAUGGGCAACAAUCAACUAUAGACAAGUGAAAAGGGAUUUAGUGCAACUGAAUAGGGAUAUUUUAAAUGAAUGGAAGAAUACCUUUUGUACAACACAUAACAUGAAACCAACCCUGCGGAUAAUUGCACAAGCGUACAAACACAUCGGCAAUGAUGUUAAAGUUAUGGAAAACACUCUUUUCAACUGACCUCAACAAUUUCCGAACUCUUUGCUGUACCUGGUUUGUUAAUGUACAUAUGUUUAACAGGACUAAUGAUUUCAAACACACGUACAUUGCAUACACAACAUAUAUUUUUGUCAAGUUUUACUCUAACCUGCAACAACUUUGUUUUACAUUUUGCAUUUAACAAUAUGAAGGUUAUUUUAGGAACAUAGCUUGUGUUAAUUGCAAAUAAUUUAUAACAUUUUCCUCGGGUUAUAAAAUAUUUACUACCAGCACAAAUAAUGUUCCUUACAUAAUCUUCACAUCGUUAACUAUCGAUUAAAAGUUCGGGAAGUCUAAAUCGACGAUAUAUCUGCACAUCAGGUAUACUACUUUGAAUGAAAUAUACAUGUAGGGCUACGAAAAUAAAUAACUAGUAAACAUCAGACACACGUCAAAUGAUAUGCAGGUUAGAAAAAUGUAGAUUGCAAUGAUCGUACUGUUUAUCAAAAACUUGACAAAUAUUUGACAGAACAGAUUAGAAAGUUUGAAAGAAGCUACAAAGAUAGUGUGGUCUUUUUUUGUAACUUGUAUAUAAGUAUUUUACAUUUAUUGAAUAUUUGAUAUUUUGUGCUUAUCUUUAUCUUAUAUAUUUUUGUUAUUUUUUUUUAUUGGAAACUUAUCUAAGAUUAAUAUCUAAAGUUUGCUUUGUGAAUCAUUCCUGACAUUCUGCGCGUUGGAAUAUGCAAGAGCAGUUUUUUAAAGGAUCAAAGAUAGCAUAACUGUGACAGUGCUACGAACUCAGACUGUUGUACUGCUUUUUCUCCUUUUUGGUAGCCGAACAACAG